AUGAAGUUCACCACUGUUCUUGCCCUCGCCACUGGCGCCAUGGCUACCGCCCACAGCUCGGUUUCCUACACCACCAAGGUCGUCACCGCUGUCACCACUUACAUCCCUGCGCCCACCGAGAUCGCCUACGGCGCCAACACCUACACCGUCACUGAGGCCACUCAUCUUACCCUCACCGACGGCCCCUACACUAUCAAGGUGCCGGUGACCACCAUCACCUCCGUUCUCUGCGAGGAGACCUGCACGGCCACCUACCACAACUCCACCUCCACCUCCUCCAGCCUCGCCCCCUCCUUCCCCCCGCCCUCGUUCAGCACCACCCCGACCGUUACCGGCACCGGCUCGCUCCCCGCUCCUACCGCGCCUGGUGGCCCCUCCGGUACUAGCACCUCGCCUCCGAUCGAGACUGCCGGCGCCGGCCGCGUCGCGAUGCUGUCGGGCGGUGCGCUCGCGGGUGUCCUUGGCUUUGCGGCGUUGGCGCUUUAA